AUGAGCGCUCGGGAGCAGAAAACCGUCAGGCUGAGAUCCACAGAGAUGCGCGCGCUCUCGUUGAGAUCGGCCAACACGGGGAACAUACUCUGCUUGAUGAUGUUCACCAUCAUUACGACGCAGCUCAUGUCCUUCAAGGAAGCAGUGCAGUGUGGGAUGGGACAGUACAAUGUAGAUGGAGUGUGCUGUUACCCUUGCCAUGCAGGUUAUAAAGUUAAUGGGACAUGCAGUAUAAUGACAGGCACCACAUGUGUGCCUUGUGAUCCCGGGACCUACACAGCACACCAGAAUGGCCUGAAGAAAUGUUUCCAGUGUAAAGGUUGUGAUUCCGAAUCUGGCUUCCGGACCAAAUGGGAACGUUCAUCUACAUUGAACACGUUGUGUGGCUGCUCUCCAGGGUAUUUCUGCACCAACAUAAAAGAUGAUGACUGUGAGAGGUGUAUGGCUCACAGAGUCUGCACCCCUGGCCAAUACAUUAAGUCUACAGGCACAGAGAGAAACAACAACAUCUGUGAAGAGUGCCAGGCAGGGGCAUUUUCCCCCAAUGGGACCCUUACACAGUGUCUGCCGUGAACCAAUUGUACUUCCCAGGGUUUAUUUGAAGAAAAGCCAGGCACUGAAACCAUGGACGCAUUGUGCUCAAUGCAGAGUAACCCUCCACUCGGAUU